AAGUAGACCGUUUACAGAUUCAAUUGAUGUACACGUGAAUCGACUCCAGAGGGUCAAUCUGUCUGAUGUUUCUAAAGAUCUGACCACAGGUUUGAGGAAGUCUUGAGUCUUUAACACACUCUGUGUCUUUAAGCGUCUGACAUCAUUCAGUCAGUAUGGAGCUCAGUCCACUUCCUCUUCUGCUCUUGCUGAUCUCAAACAUCUUCUCUCAACAUACUGAAGAAAAACCAAAAGCCACAGUGAGCAUCAAACCUGCUCAACAUGUGUUCAGAGGAGAGACAGUCACUCUCAGAUGUGAUGUAUAUAGUGAAGGAGUCACUAACUGGCUGUACGUCUGGUAUAAAGACACUUCAGGCUAUGCUUCCAGUAAACUACAGGAACACACAUUCAGUUCUGUUACUGAGUCUGAUGCAGGUGAAUACUUCUGUUAUGGAUCAGAGAGAGACAGAUCACGAACAUCACUCCUCAGUGAUAAAGUUACACUGACAGUAUCAGUUCCCAGAGCAGUGUUAAGUGUUUCUCCACAGAAGUGGUUGACUGAAGGAGAUUCAGUGACUCUGAUCUGUCAGGUUAAUGGUUCCUCUACAGGCUGGACAUUCAGCUGGUUCACUCAAACUGUCUCAUCAGACAACAGCAAUCAUUAUAAUCGUCUCUCAGACAGCAGCAGAGGAGCUGGAGGACACUACACUGUCAGUUCUGCUGAUCUAAAACACACAGGAGUUUAUGUGUGUUCAGCAGAGAGAGGAAAACCAGCAUAUAACUCAACCUACAGCAACACACAGCUACUGUGGGUCACUGGUGUUUCUCCUCCAGUCUCUCUGAUCGUCAGUCCCAGCAGAACUCAACACUUCUCAUCUGUCUCUCUCUCUCUGAGCUGUGAGGAGCAGAGUAACUCUACUGGAUGGAGAAUGAGAAGAUACACAGACAGAUUGGGGCUGGAAGAUUGUUCAUCAUCAGUGUGGGGAACACAAGCAGGAUCCACAUGUACAAUCAGCUCCACCAGCACAGAAGACACUGGAGUGUACUGGUGUGAGUCUGAAUCUGGAGAGAAAACUCAUCCUGUUAAUAUCACUGUACACCUUGGUGUGAUUCUGGAGAGUCCUGUUCAUCCUGUGACUGAAGGAGAGAAAAUGACUCUACGCUGUUUAUAUCAUUAUUUAUCCCCAACAAACCUCAGAGCUGAUUUCUAUAAAGAUGGGACACUCAUCCAGAGUCAAACUACAGAGAUGAUCCUCUCUAAUGUCUCAAAGUCACACGAGGGUUUCUACUCCUGCAAACACAGAGAGAGAGGAGAGUCACCGAAGAGCUGGAUCUCAGUCACAGCUUCCUCCAGAACAUCAGGAUCUGAUCUCAAUCCUGUGAUAGUUGGAGUGACUGCUGGACUCACAGUUUUGAUCAUUGUCAUCUUGGUCCUGCUGUGGCGCUACAGAAACAACAAAGGUGGAAGAUCUCAGUCUCUCUCUCGUGUUGGUCAACAGAAGAACAGCAGUCAGACAUCAGAGAAGAACCAGAGUGAAGACGUAUAUACAGCACUCACGUCUGGAACUGCUCAUAUUUAUGACUCUCUUGAUGCCACAAGAAAUAAAGACAUAAGCACAGACAUUGUAAGUGGACGUACUGUAAGAAAAAAUAACCAGGACAUUGAAGAUCUCAAUGAAGAUGAUUAUUACAACACAGCAAAGACAAAGUACAUGUGACCUUGGGUUAGACCUUGGGUCUAAAUGAACCACGAACAUCCUAAGCUCAAACAUUUUACACAGUUAUAGUUUAGUACCCUUAAUAUAAAUGAAGUUUCUCCUGUUGUAACAGCUGUGCUCUGUAUGUUAAUGUAGUUCUGACUCCUAAUUGUCUGAGAUGGUUCUCAGUGUCCCACACCCGCUCCCAUUAUACAACUGGUCACCAUUUACUCAAGACUUAAGAAGGACACCACACAUUAUAAUUAUUUAAAAAUAUUAAUUGAACAAAUAUUUAUAGCAUAUAAUAGCAAAAUUAUAGCUAUAAAUGAAACAUUAGUGAGAGCUUUGCUAAAGAAAAAUAAUGAAAAGUGAUUCUACUGUAGAACACUGUGUUCAGACUCAGAGCAGGAGGCAUCAAAUAAGAAAGAGUAGAAAUAUGAAAAAUGAAAAUGGAAGGUUCUUAUAGAGAGCUUCUGAGGGUAUUUCCAGACCUCAUGACGUCACAAGACACUGGAAUCCACCUGCUGUCUACAAGGGACUGAAGUGAAAUGAGGAAACCAGAUACUGGUUCUGUGGAACAGCUUCUCCGGUGCCAGCGGUCGUGAGAUCGAUGCCUCUAAACAAACGACCAAAUUAUAUAUCUUUGUUUUUAUUUUAAUUUAUUUAUUUAUUUUUUUAUACUGUAUAUAUAUAUAUAUAUAUAUAUUAAUGACGUUCUGACUCCUAAUUGUCUGAGAUGGUUCUCGGUGUCCCACACCCGCUCCCAUUAUACAACUGGUCACCAUUUACUCAGGAUGUGAUCAUCUCAAAUGAUCUAGAAACAACAUAAUGAUUGACUUUCUUCUUUCUACAGUAAGCCAUUUUGGGAAAUGAGCAGGAUUAAACAUCUAUUGUGGAGUGGAAUCUGGGUCGGGGCAGACUAUAGUUUCUUCCAGUCCCAUCACAGCAUCACACUCACUCCUGUUACACAGAUUACACAUCCCUUCAUCCCUUGGCAAAAGGAAAUACACACAUUUACUUGGGAUUGGGAGAAGAGUAACUGAGAAACAUAAAAAAAUUGUUUUAAUGUG